AGGAGGCUAUGGACAUGAGCCCUCCCUGCUCACAAGCAUAUGCCCGGAGACCUGAUAGGGCAGUUUCUGGGCCGUGGACAUUGCUUUGAAGAGCGGGAGAUUGGACAGUAUCUGUGGGUGCUGAGACCCCACCUUAGGACCUGAGAGAUUGAACUGUGUAAGCGCCAUUCAGCUGCGAGUGCAUUCUUGGACUUCCUUGUGAGCAUCCCGGGUCUGGACAGGACCCUCUCCUUCCCAUCUGUCUAUACCACCCAGCCCAACCAUGGCACUGAAAGGCCGAGCCCUCUAUGACUUUCACAGUGAGAACAAGGAGGAAAUCAGCAUCCAGCAGGAUGAGGACCUGGUCAUCUUCAGCGAGAUCUCACUGGAUGGCUGGCUGCAGGGCCAGAACAGCCGUGGGGAGACAGGGCUCUUUCCUGCCUCUUACGUGGAGAUCGUCCGUUCUGGCAUCAGCACCAACCACGCUGACUACUCCAGCAGCCCUGCAGGCUCUCCGGGGGCCCACGUGAGCUUGUACAAUAGCCCCAGUGUGGCCAACCCAGCUAGGAGUGGUGGGGGCAGUGGCUUCCUCUCAAACCAGGGUAGCUUCGAGGAGGAUGAUGAUGAUGAUUGGGAUGACUGGGACGAUGGAUGCACAGUGGUGGAGGAGCCACGGGCUGGUGGGCUGGGCACCAAUGGGCAUCCUCCCCUCAACCUCUCCUACCCUGGUGCCUACCCCAGCCAGCACAUGGCCUUCCGGCCCAAGCCACCGCUAGAGCGGCAGGACAGCCUGGCAUCUGCCAAGCGAGGCAGUGUGGUGGGCCGUAACCUCAACCGUUUCUCAUGCUUUGUGCGUUCUGGAGUGGAGGCCUUCAUCCUGGGUGAUGUGCCCAUGAUGGCCAAGAUCGCUGAGACAUACUCCAUUGAAAUGGGCCCUCGUGGCCCCCAGUGGAAGGCCAACCCCCACCCAUUUGCCUGCUCUGUGGAGGACCCCACAAAACAGACCAAGUUCAAGGGCAUCAAAAGCUACAUCUCCUACAAGCUCACACCCACCCAUGCUGCCUCACCUGUCUACCGGCGCUACAAACACUUUGACUGGCUCUAUAACCGCCUGCUACACAAGUUCACUGUCAUCUCAGUGCCCCACCUGCCUGAGAAGCAGGCCACAGGCCGCUUCGAGGAGGACUUCAUUGAAAAGCGGAAGCGGAGACUCAUCCUCUGGAUGGACCACAUGACCAGCCACCCUGUGCUCUCCCAGUACGAAGGCUUCCAGCAUUUCCUUAGCUGCCUAGAUGACAAGCAGUGGAAGAUGGGCAAACGCCGGGCGGAGAAGGAUGAGAUGGUGGGUGCCAGCUUCCUGCUCACCUUCCAGAUCCCCACCGAGCACCAGGACCUGCAGGACGUGGAAGAUCGCGUGGACACUUUCAAGGCCUUCAGUAAGAAGAUGGACGACAGCGUCCUGCAGCUCAGCACCGUGGCGUCAGAGCUGGUGCGUAAACACGUGGGGGGCUUCCGCAAGGAAUUCCAGAAGCUGGGCAGUGCCUUCCAGGCCAUCAGUCAUUCCUUCCAGAUGGACCCCCCUUUUUGCUCUGAGGCCCUCAACAGUGCCAUUUCUCACACGGGCCGUACCUAUGAAGCCAUCGGGGAGAUGUUUGCUGAGCAGCCCAAGAAUGACCUCUUCCAGAUGCUGGACACACUGUCUCUCUACCAGGGCCUGCUCUCUAACUUCCCUGACAUCAUCCACCUACAGAAAGGCGCCUUCGCCAAAGUGAAGGAGAGCCAACGCAUGAGUGACGAGGGCCGCAUGGCGCAGGAUGAGGCAGAUGGCAUUCGCAGGCGCUGCCGCGUGGUGGGUUUCGCCCUGCAGGCCGAGAUGAACCACUUCCACCAGCGCCGUGAGCUCGACUUCAAGCACAUGAUGCAGAACUACCUGCGCCAGCAGAUCCUCUUCUACCAGCGGGUGGGCCAGCAGCUGGAGAAGACCCUGCGCAUGUAUGACAACCUCUGACCGCGUGUGCCUAGGCCCCCUCCUUCCCCUGGGCCUGGUCACUGCAGUGUACCCCACUUUCCCAACCUCCCUAUACCAGCAGUGGCUGGGGGAGGGGUCAGCAGUUGGGGAGAGAAGCGGCCUGUCCUGCCUCCUGGGAGAAGGAGCUUUCAAGGAGUCAUGAGUACCCCUGGGAAAUUCCCCACUCCUUAGAAGUGGGGCACAGCAGGGGUGAGAAUGGAGCCAAGAGCCCUCGAGGCCAAGGCCUGGGCUGCCGGUUAGUCAGUGAAGGUCAGGCCAGGGUCUCAGCCUCCCCUAGAGCCUAUUUUGCUUGCUCACCUGGCCACUGCUGCCUUAUCCAUUCAGCAGACACCAAGGCCUGCUGCACCCCUGGGUCGGACACUGGGCACCCAGGGCUGUAACUUGCCUGCUCUUCAGGAGUCCUCAGUGAAGGUCGGGGUUAGACAUAGACAAAGUCAAUGCAGUGUGACUGACGGUGAAGUGAGGGAUUUCUGGAAGCUCAUAGAAGGGGCCACAGCAUUCCACUGGUCAGGGAAGACUCCAUGGAGUAGGCAACAUUCGGGCAGUGUUUUAAAGGAUGACAAGGGCCUGCCAGACAGUACAUGGGGAGAAGGACUUUCAGGGGAGAGGAACAGCAUGGGCAAAGUUAUGGAGGCAUGCAAACAUCUCCCUCUUCUCUCCCUUACUUUCCAAGCAAGUUAGGUGCGCUUUCCUUGGGGAUUCUGGCCUGUGUGGUAGGAAGGGAUCUCCCUUGCUCCCAUGUUGCUGGCUGUCCUUGCAUCACCCUGUCCCCUGCAGGAGGGGGCUACAGGCCAUCUCCCUCCUGUAGGCCUCUGACUACCCUCCACUUUUGGGCCCCCAGCUUCUCUCGGGUAGGAGACCAUUGCAGCAUCCUUCCCUCCUCGGGUUCAAGGUGCUGAGGUAUAAGCCCUGGGCCCCAGAUCCCUGGUGACACCUUCCUGGAGAAGACUCUCGAAAGCGACUGUAUAUGUGAGUUCACCAGCAAUAACUCCCCACACUCGAAGCAGGUCCAAACCCAGGAUCCCAGGGUCCUUGGGCUCCUUGGCACUGUCUUCCCCAGAUCCUUCCUGUUGCACAAUGGGAAACCUAAGAGGAAAAAGACAGGGGCCUGCCUGCCUGCCCACCCGCUCUCUGCCUGCCUCGCUGGAAUGCAGGCCCCCGCUCUGGGUUGGGUUGUGCUGUCUCUGACCUAUGUUUACAUCCCCAAGGAGUUACUGCCUCCUCCCCACCCAGGUCAGGGUGUGGUCCAGCAGCUUGUUGUGGGGUGCUGACCUGUGUCACCACUGCCCUCCUUGCCCCCAGGGGGGUCAUGGUCUCCUCCUGGAUACUGCUGCUUGAAUCUUUUUUCUUGAUAAACCUUUUACAAUUAAGAUAA